UUUUGUUAGAAAGUAUGCAGUUGCAGUUUAUCCUGUUAGUUUCUGGUAGUGAGCUGGGGGCGUGUCUGGUUAAAUGCAUGAAGCCUGAGCGCACACACUAGCUAACGUUAGUGGGUUAGAGUAAGGGAGACUAUCAGAAAACUGUCUGCAAAUAGCCGAGUAGACAGUCAUGUCAGAUAAGGGGAGCACGGAGCUGCACAUAGCGCAAAAUGGUGGCGUGGAUCCGCGCGUGGCCAGUGGGAAUAUUGGCAUCAAAGUAACGGUGGUGCUCGGAGCUCAGUGGGGAGACGAAGGCAAAGGGAAAGUCGUGGACUUGCUUGCCCAGGACGCCGAUAUUGUCUGCCGAUGUCAGGGUGGUAACAACGCUGGACACACGGUGGUGGUGGACUCUGUGGAGUACGACUUUCACAUCCUCCCCAGCGGCAUCAUCAACCCCAACGCCACGUCGUUCAUAGGUAAUGGAGCUGUGAUUCAUCUACCUGGCCUCUUUGAAGAGGCAGAGAAAAACCUGCAAAAGGGAAAAGGUCUGGAGGGCUGGCAGACGAGGCUGUUCAUCUCAGACCGGGCACACAUCGUGUUUGAUUUCCACCAGGCCGUGGAUGGUGUUCAGGAGCAGCUGCGUCAGCAGCAAGCUGGGAAAAAAUUGGGAACCACGAAGAAGGGAAUCGGGCCGGUGUACUCCUCCAAAGCGGCGCGCUCUGGCCUGCGAAUCUGCGACUUGAUGUCGGAUUUCCAGGAGUUCUCCAAAAGAUUUAAGAUCUUAGCGCUCCAGUAUGCCACUAUGUACCCAACGCUCCAGAUCGAUAUUGAGGGCGAGCUGGAGAGAUUGAAGGGGUAUGCGGAGAAGAUAAAGCCCAUGGUGAGAGAUGGGGUGCACUUCAUGUAUGAGGCUUUACACGGGCCUCCAAAAAAGAUCCUGGUGGAAGGAGCUAACGCCGCCCUGCUGGACAUUGACUUUGGGACGUACCCUUUUGUGACAUCAUCAAACUGCACGGUGGGCGGAGUCUGCACCGGGCUGGGCAUGCCUCCCCGCAACGUGGGCCAGGUGUACGGCGUGGUCAAGGCCUACACUACCCGGGUGGGCAUUGGUGCUUUCCCCUCCGAGCAGACCAACGAAAUCGGAGAGCUCCUGCAAACACGGGGGAAGGAGGUCGGAGUGACCACGGGGCGCAAGAGGAGAUGUGGCUGGCUUGACCUGGUCCUCGUCAAAUAUGCCCACAUGCUCAACGGCUUCACUGCCAUAGCUCUCACUAAACUGGACAUCUUGGAUGUUCUUCCAGAAAUUAAAGUGGGUUUGGCAUACAAGGUGGAUAACAUAGUAAUACCUCAUUUUCCAGCCAACCAAGAAGUCUUACAAAACGUGGAGGUCCAGUACCACACCCUGCCUGGUUGGAACAGCAAUACAUCUACUGCCCGGACCUUCCUGGAGCUUCCGGAAAACGCACAGAAGUACGUCCGCUUCAUCGAGGAGCACCUGGACGUGCCUGUUAAGUGGAUUGGUGUGGGCAAGUCUCGAGAGUCCAUGAUCCAGCUCUUCUGAAGGCCGCCAGGUCCGGAGCAGAGGUCACGGGCUGAGGGGUCAGGGGUCAGGGUUCAGGGGAGUCACGCUCCUUGUAGACACUUCUCCAUGUUAACCUCUGGAGUGUUUGGGCUACAGCAGAACUGUGACCUGCUAACUGGGGCGACGCUCGUUAUUGUCACGUUACUAUGCUCCUUCUGGGACAGAGGAGCCUGGCUUUUCUCCUCAGGUUAGUCAAGGGACCUGCAUAUCAACUGUUCUUUCACACCAAUGCACGCACGCACACACAUACCUGUGUCACACAGGUAUUGCUUAUCUGAGACACUUUGGAGAUGUAUUUUAUUAUAUAGCCUAUGUAUUAUUACGGUGUGUCCUUCCUGGUCAGAUCUGUCCUGUUUUUCGCUCUGUGUGGGUUCUCUGACGUCACAGUUUUACGUGAAUAAAGUUUCCAGAGCUUUUCUCCUU